AUGGCGUUAAAUCAGACGUCGCUUCAUGAUUCCUUGUGCAACAGUUUCACCUACAACCCAACCGUUGUUCCCGCUCUCUACUUCUCGAUGUUCCCCAUAGCUCUGCUGCUGAACGGUGUAGCAGCCUGGGUGUCCCUGCACCUCAAGUCCACCACCACCUUUGUGGUGUACCUCAAAAACCUUGUCGCUGCUGACCUUAUCAUGACGUUGCUCAUCCCGUGGAUUGCUGCGGCUGACUUGCCGCAUCUGUCAAAACUAUUAUUUGUACCGUCAUGCCGUUAUUUCAGCUCACUUUUCUACAGCACAGAGUACACAUGUAUCGCUUUGUUGGGCUUCAUCGGUCUGGACCGUUUCUUCAAGAUUGUGUCACCUCAAAACAAGUUAGCUCAGAAUCUGACCGUGAGCAAAGUGAUAUCGGGCACAGUGUGGUUAAUAAUGUUCGGAGGCACAGCUUUACCAACUAUCAUUUUGAGCAACAAAUCAGUGGCCAACUUGACAGAGACCAGCAAUUGCCUGCAGUUGAAAGGACCGGCUGGAAUUGAACUCCAUAAGAAGAUUAUAAUCUACCUGAAUUUUUUCUUUUGGCUCGUCAGUGUUGUCAUUGCGGUUUGCUACAUUUGCAUCGCACACAAAGUCAUCCAGUCUUUUAAAAACUCUGGGAGUAACAACAACCAGGGAAAGCAAAAGAUCAAGCUUCGUGUUUUUGUGGUUGUCUUUGUGUUUUUUGUAUCGUUCGCACCAUAUCACAUUUACAGGAUCCCUUACACUUUUCAACAAGUCCAGCAGCAUUCGUCCAAAACCACCUGCGCUUACUUGAAGGGCAAGUUUGCCAAAGAAUUCACGCUCUGGCUCGCCAACACAAACAUCUGCAUGGACCCACUUAUCUACGUCUUUCUGUGUCGAGAGUUCAAGGACAAGCUGAUGUCUAUGAUGAAGAAUGUUGCCACCGCAUUUAAAGUAGCUUCAGCAGGCAAAGCAGAGGCUGCUUCGGUUUAG